AUGAGUGCCUAUGCAGCCCUUCGAGAAGGAAGCAUAUUUGGAGAAGAUGAAGAGGUUGUAAUCAAGUAUGAUAACUCUUCCGACGAGGAACAAGGUAUUCCGGAAACAAUACUCGCCGAAGUGGCCGUUCCAGAAGGUGGUUCUCCAUCUACCACUUUCAUAGCAGAUGAGAAGAACCUAGUGUACAGUCUGAAACAUAUGGUUGUCGGUCUCAAAGUAAACGAAUCAGUUGCAUUAUCUGGCCAGUUUAAGUUGGUGAUAGAAAGAGGAGCGGUACUUAUUAACGGUAUUCACUACUAUCAUGCUCCACAAGAGUUUAUUGUAAUUCAGCCAAAUAUCUCAAGUUUACCAACUAUUUCCAGUACACAGAUCAUUAAUUCCAGUGAAGUUAGAGACCUCCCAAGUGAUGAAAAUGAACAUCUAUUCUGCAGUGAUUAUAAAAGUGUUGUUCGCUUGGAAAAUAUAUCCACUGGGUUGGAGAAUAUUGCCAAGUACUAUCAACCAUUCAAGAAUCUAUUUUCAUUACCAGAAGAUAAACAAGAUCUCCCACUUCAAAACUACACUUUUGACAUUCUCACCAACAAUGAAGCUUCAAUAAGAUAUGAUAGAGGUCUUGUGGUUGAAAUUGAGGGGUUGAUCGAUGGAAUCGAAGAAGUGUCAAGUUUUAUUACAAUAGGAAACAAGAACUCCGGAAAGUCCACUAUAUCCAAACUCUUGUUGAAUACUUUGGUGGAGAGCUCACCUAUAAGUAUUUUAGACUUAGAUCCAGGCCAAUCAGAAUACUCCAAGCCAUAUUGCUUAUCCUUAACCAACCAUUUUGAUCCUAUCAUUGGGUUCAAUUACCAUAAAAAUGAGAAUGAUUUACAUUAUUUCUAUGGAUUCACUACUCCUCAGGGGAACCCUGAAUUAUACUUAAAGAUUACCAAGCUGUUAAUCGAACAUUACCAGAAAAAUUUAAAACCAAAGGGGCACCAUUUGAUAAUAAAUACUCCUGGAUGGGUCAAGGGAUACGGUAAAGAGUUACUCACUGAAAUCACAGAGUGGGUUCAACCUGACCAUCUCAUUCUAUUAUCUGCUAACAAAUUGGACAAUGAGGAAACUUUAAGCAACCUCGUAUUUAAAAACUUAAGGAUUUGGAAAGGCUACUUUGUUCAAAAUCGAUAUUCAGCUGCCGAGGUCAGAAACUUUAACAAGUUGGUGUACUUCCAUAAGACCAAACCGCUCCAGUACAAUUUCAUUGACCAUUUGUUAGACAGCUCUCCUUUGAAGAUUUCUUACCAAACAGGUGAAGAUAGUUCAUUUGUGGGUGUCAACGUGGUUUCGAUAUUGAAUCAUGAUAUGGGUUUAAACUUUGACAUUGAAGAUAUUGUAUUGAUGCUUGAUACCUCGAUAGUUGGGCUCUAUGUAAUUGAAAAUGAGUACUUUGAAGCCCACAAGCAGAUUAUAACAUACACAAAGAAUAGAUUACCAUAUUUGUCGUCGUCUAAAUUCUCCGACUUGAUAGAGUACAAUACUCCUCAUGUGAAGUUUAUGGGAUCAGGAAUAAUCCAUAGCAUCAAUGUUAUCGAGAAUUUCUUCAACUUAUAUCUAUCGCAGUCGGAAGACCUAGAAACAAUAAAGAAGUUAAUGUUACAAGGAUAUAAGUUGCUUGUUGUGAAGGGAGAAAGCGAUAUCCCAAAAUCUGAAAUAUUAAUGACUGAGUUAUUAGAAGAGUUUAAGAGGCGUUACAAGCAGAGCUUCAAAUCAAAAGGACCACUUCCAACGUUUCCUUAUGUAAGUUAUAACAACAAGAUCAAUGGGGUUUGGAAAAUAAGAAGAAACAUCAUGAGGAGGGGUCAGCAUUAGCAUCCACAUGUAUAUUGUAUUAUAGUUGCAAAGUAUAGAACAUGCAUAG